AUGACGACUCCCCCACCAGCCUUCUGCCCCAACGUCAGACCCAGCGGUUUGUCCACCUCGACCUCUAUGUUCUUAGACGCCCCCGCAGUCCUCGCAUUGAUCUCCAGCCCCCUCUUGCCAGUCCGAUUCCUCUCCCCGGUCUUCCUUACCUCCGCCACCAAGGGCGACACUCUCCUCCCGUCCACCAAGGGCGCCCCAUAG